AUCAACCUCAAGGUACGUUAAUUAGGUUGCUUCUGGUUAAUUUAUUUUUUGCUAAUUAAUUUUGGAGACCAUUAUUAAUUCUUGGUACAAACUACAAAGUUCUAUAUUUAUAAUGCGGGUUCCUGAGCUCAAAACUCAAAGCAAAGAAGAAAAAGAAAAACAAACAAAAGAAUCUGAUCAAUUCUUACACACUGGCAAAAAAAGAAAAAAUAAUGAUCUCUUUCAUUUUUCCAAUUUUAUGUUUGUUCCUUAGUUUCCUACCAAUCUUUUUGGGAGGGACUAAUAUUACCACUGAUCAAUAUGCGCUUCUGGCCUUCAAAAAUCUCAUUACAUCUGAUCCUGACCAAAUUCUUUCGAGGAAUUGGUCUGCCGAUCCUUCUCUUUCAGUUUGUGAUUGGAUUGGAGUCAGUUGUGGUUCUCGUCAUCGUAGAGUAACCGCCUUGAACGUUUCAUAUAUGGGUCUUUCAGGCACCAUAGCUCCAGAACUCGGGAAUCUUUCUUUUCUCGUCUCUCUGGAAAUGUAUGGUAAUAAUUUUCAUGGAGAGCUGCCAGAGGAAUUGUCUCGUCUGCGACGAUUGGAAGUUCUUGAUCUCAGCAUCAACAAUCUUGGGGGUGAUUUUCCAUCAUGGAUUGGUUACUUGAGUGAACUUCGGUUUUUGGAUUUAAUGAAUAAUAGUUUCACGGGUUCUAUCCCGACUUCUAUCUCUAACCUUUCCAGCCUUGAGGAGAUUGAAUUGUCAUGCAAUUCUCUUCGAGGAAGUAUCCCAAAAGGUAUCGGGAGUCUUCAAAAUUUGACAAUAUUUGAUAUCGAUCAUAACCAAAUUUCAGGCCUUAUUCCUCCAGAGAUAUUCAAUAUUUCUACACUCCAAGUUAUUGCUUUGAGGAAUAACAGCUUAUCAGGCCUUCUUCCUAUGUCUAUGUGCAACCAUCUUAAGAAUCUCUACUGGCUUAACCUGUCAAAGAACAAUUUAUAUGGUGAAAUACCAUCGAAUUUUUCUCAAUGCUUGGAACUGCAAAUGUUGGCCCUGUGCUACAAUGAAUUUGGUGGAUCCAUACCCAAAGAAAUCGGAAGCUUGAGGGCACUUGAUGAACUGUGUCUUAAGCAUAACAAUCUGAAAGGAGUUAUACCGAAAGAAAUUGGAAACUUGAAGGGCCUUCAAUAUCUUUAUCUUGAUGAGAACCGCCUGGAAGGGGAAGUACCAAAACCGUUUGGCGAUUUGAACAACUUGGAGGUGCUCGCCUUAGGUAGCAAUAAUUUAAGUGGUACCAUACCGGCUAAGAUUUUCAACAUUUCGACCCUAACGGCAAUAGGUUUAGAGUCUAAUAACCUAUCAGGGAAUCUUCCAUCAGACUUAUGUGGCAACCUUCCAAAUUUAGAACUUCUUUUUCUUGAGUCGAAUAAUCUUCAUGGUGAUAUACCUAAAUCAAUCUCAAACUGUUCUAAUCUCAAAGAGGUUGAUUUGAGCCGAAAUAACUUUGUGGGUACGAUUCCAGAGGGUUUUGGGAGACUCCUUGAAUGGUUGAAUUUAGGCAAAAACUACUUUACAAGUAGCCCUCGAACUAUGGAGCUUGAAUUUUUGAAUUCACUUACCAACUGUAAGGAUCUGAGGAUGCUAGAUGUGGGCGACAAUUUUUUGAAUGGGUAUCUCACUAAGUCAGUUGGGAAUCUUUCGACUUCUCUCAUGCAAUUCUAUAUACAAAAUAAUAACAUCAAGGGAAAGGUUCCGGAGGAAUUUGGUAAUUUGAGUAGUUUAAUUAUGUUAAACCUAGGAAAAAAUCAUCUAAGAGGUUCAAUUCCUGAAACAUUUAAAGGUUUGCAGAAACUUCAAGAAUUAUAUAUAGAUACCAAUGGAUUGAAAAGGGCAAUGCUUAAUCAAGUAUGUGGGUUGCCAAAAUUGGAAGGUUUAUUUCUAAGCAGAAAUCGUAUUUCAGAACCAAUUCCAGAAUGUCUGGGCAAUGUUACCGCUUUGAGGUAUCUUUAUCUAGAUUCAAAUAGAAUAAAUUCUUUCAUCCCUGUCAAAUUGUUGAACCUCAAAAAUCUCUUAGAACUUAACCUCUCUAAUAACCUUUUGAUGGGGGUUUUACCUCCUGAAAUUGGGUCAUUGAAAGUUGUGACGUUGCUAGAUUUUUCAAUCAAUCACCUUUCAAGUGUCAUUCCUAGCACAAUUAGAGGCUUAACGGACAUGAAGUAUCUAUCACUAGCACUCAACCAAUUUCAAGGUACAAUCCCCGAGUCACUUGGUGAGAUAAUUGCCAUAGAAACAUUGGACUUAUCACACAAUAAUCUCUCCGGUGUGAUUCCUAAGACAUUGGAGAAACUAAGAUAUCUUAAGUAUUUCAAUGUUUCUUUUAAUUGUCUAAGUGGUGAAAUUCCCAUGGGUGGUUCAUUUCAAGGCUUAACAAGUGAAUCCUUCAUUUUCAACAAAGCACUUUGCGGAGAUGAAAGGUUUGGUGUCCCUCCUUGCCAAAAAAGUUCACCCCAUGAAUUGAGACACCAUCAUAUAUCAAAGGUUUUAUUUGUUCUGCUUGGCUCAGCUUUCGUUGCGGGUGUCACUGCUUUUUUAUGCUUCUACUACCGUCGAUUCUUGACUAAAAGAAAAGUUCCAGUUCCAACAAUGAUCGAUUCAAUUUUACCCGUUGCACAAGAAAGGUUUAGUUACUAUCAACUUGCUCAAGCAACCGAUGGUUUUGAUGAGAGAAACUUAUUAGGGAAGGGGAGUUUUGGAUCAGUGUACAAAGGUGUCAUUGAUGACGGAAAAAUUGUUGCGAUUAAAGUGUUCAAUUUGGAAGUGCAGGGAGCAUUUAAAAGUUUUGACAGAGAAUGUGAAGUAUUACGUAAUCUUCGGCAUAGAAAUCUCACAAAAGUCAUUAGCAAUUGCUCAUCCCCAGAUUUCAAGGCAUUAAUACUUGAAUUCAUGUCGAAUGGUAGUCUUCAAAAGUUGUUGUACCCUCACAACUAUUUCUUAAAUUUCAUGCAACGGUUAGACAUCAUGAUUGAUGUGGCCUUGGCUUUGGAAUAUCUCCAUACCGGAUAUUUGACACCAGUAGUUCAUUGCGAUUUGAAGCCCAGCAACAUAUUAUUGGACCAUGAUAUGGUUGCACAUCUUAGUGAUUUUGGCAUUUCAAAAUUCUUAAGCCCAGAGAACACUGUCACGUACACCCAGACCAUUGCUACAUUAGGUUAUAUCGCACCAGGUAAAAAAAAUGGUUACUGAAAAUCGCAAAUUUAUUUUAUUCAUAAUAAUCUAUAUGGUAAACAUGGCACAUCUUGUCUCCUUAUCUUUAUUCUACGAGAUGUAUUGAUUGAUAAAUCGAUCUCUGCAGAGCAUGGAUUUGAAGGAUUAAUAUCGCCAAAAUGUGAUGUUUAUAGCUUUGGAAUAACGUUAAUGGAGGUUUUUACUGGAAAAAAACCGACCGAUGAUUUGUUUGAUGAAAACUUCAAUAUGGUGAGUUGGGUGAGCCAUUCAAUGUCCAAUGGAUUCACCACAGUACUAGAUGCUUGUAUUUUGAGUGAUGAAGAGGCAGAUUUCAAACUGAAAAUGCAAAGUUUAUAUUCCAUAAUGGAAGUGGCCCUAAAUUGUACAAAAAAGUCCCCGGCAGAAAGAAGCAGCAUAAAAGAUGUUGCUGCAGUACUGAAGAGGAUUAAACUUCAACUCCUCCAAUUUUAACUACAAUGAACCUCAAGUACCCUCCAUUUUUUUCCCCAUGCAUAAUGAUUAUUAUCUCAUCAUAUUGUGGCUAUUGUUGGGAUGCUUUUAAAGUAGAACUAUUAUUAAAAAUCUUUAUUUAAUCUAAAAAGUAUGCUGCCAUCAAAACUACUUCAUAAACCGCUAAGAAAUUUGGUUUCAGUUUUAGUGGAUCUUAGUACUCGCUCUUUAUUUUCUCCUUUUUUAUUUUUUUUCUUGAGAUAAAACCUUAAGUGUAUAAUAGUCUGUUCAUAGUGGCGCAUUGUUCACUGUAUCAUAUUUGAAAUUAAUAACGAGAUUUAAUUUAUAUAUAGAUAUAUUAUGUAUAGUGAGGUUUUGUAACUUGAACUCCCCUUUGUUUUUUAUUUUUGAUUUAUUAAUUCAGUCUCCAC